UAAAGUUUUUUUUAAGUUACUCGAUGCUUAUUGCGAUGCUGACAAAAAUCUUAGGUCUGUGUUUGGUUCUACUGAGCCUUGGUUCGCCGGCGGAUUCGAAUAAAGAUGACUUACCUAGUGAUUUGUUGAUUGCAGAAGAUCCUUAUGGUUUGAGGACGUUCCUAGAAAAAUAUGGCUACAUAGAACCACAACUCGGUGGAGACUUUUUUUAUCAAAACAUCUCUGAGGCCAUACAAAGCCUACAGCAAUUUGCCAAUAUACCAGUUACUGGUCGAUUGGACGAUCAAACCUUGGCUUUGCUUGACGCACCGAGAUGUGGUCUACCUGAUGUUCUCCCGUUCAAAACUGCUUCGACCGGUUGGCCAAAUCAUCAAAUCACGUACAGUAUCGAAUCUUAUACACAAGACCUAUCUACAGACGAUAUAGAGGACACAAUCAGAGAUGCAUUAAAGGUGUGGGCCGAUGUAAGCUCACUGACAUUCCAACGAGUGCAACCAGGUCAAGGGGCUAACUUGCAAAUUGAGUUUGGGGCAGGGUCUCAUGGAGACAAUAUUCCAUUUGAUGGCAGAGGUGGCGUCCUUGCGCAUGCGUUUUUGCCGCAAAGAGGCGACGCACAUUUUGAUGAUGAUGAAAAUUGGACGAUUGAUUCUCAUUUAGGUGUUAACCUAUUCAUCGUUGCUGCUCAUGAGUUUGGGCACUCACUCGGACUCUACCAUUCUGAUGACAGGGAUGCGUUGAUGUAUCCUUAUUACACAGGUUAUGAUCCAGAUUUUCAGUUAGGUUCUGAUGAUAUUGAUGGAAUACGUUCACUUUAUGGAAGUCCAGCACGACCACCGACUACACGUCCAACAACGACUACACCCCAAACAACUACACAGACAACUGCGCCCCAAACAACUACACGCACAACAACAACUACGCCCCAAACCACACCACCAACAACAACACAUUUAGCAACACGACCACAACCAAGGCCAACACUCACGCCGACUAUUCCACCCGAGUGCUCAGGAGAAAUAGAUGCCGUAAUUACCACAUACCAAGGCCAAACAUACGCAUUCAGAGGUAAGGAUUGCACGUUUUACCGAUAUCAGGGUUUACGGUUUGAGUUUCAAUCUCCUCUGUCGCGGUUUUGGUCUGCUUUAACACGGUCGUCACCCGGAUGUCACGUGGACGCUGUCUUCACAUCUUAUACAGGAUUGUACUAUUUCUUCGUUGGAAGUGACGUGUUUAAGUACAGGGGUACUGCUUUAGUAUCGCAAACUUCAAUUGCCGCAGAGUUUCCGACAUUUCCCCCAGAUUUGCAGACUGGAAUUAGCGCUAUCAACGUUUACCAUGGCCAGACCGAUGGGCCAUAUCGAGUGGCGUACGUCUUUAAAGGUGAUAUGUACUACAUAAUGGAUUUCGAAACGCAGAAACUCAUAGUCCCACAUGCUUUCUCUGUGAACGGGUCCUUGUUACGUGAUUGGUGCCAUGACACUUGCUAAGGCUUAUCAUUGUAUUAUUAUUACUUUUAAUUAUGCCUUAUGGCAAUGGCCUUACCAACCGGGACAAGGGUCAUAAGUACGCGCGUGUCUAAGAAGCAAACGUGUUGAUCUACAAACGCACUUGUUUGAGUACGUUUUAACACGUCAUUGUGUGGCAACAAUAUCCAAGGGGCGGAGCUUAACGGAAAGGUCCGUUGAGCAAAACAUCUUAAUAGCUCUUUCGCAAACAUUAGUGGUUUAUAAGCUAGGCCUAGGCAUAUACGAUGAUGAUGCCUAUACCAUGCUAGAACCUAUAGCUAGACUAUUUUACUAGACCUAAGCCGAUAUAUAUUGGAAGGAUGAUUUGGACUUCACGUUUCUAUGUAACGCAGUAUUAAUUUCAAAAUUUAGCAAUGAUACUAAAUUUUAAGGCCUUAAUAUGUUUUUAUGAAUUUGUAUUUUGUAAUUGUAAAUCCUUUUAUAUUGUAUUUUUUUUAAAUAGAAAUAGGCCUAAUAAUCAUAAUACAAUACAUAGGUCAAUCUUGUUUGCAUUUCUCUUGUUGUACGAUUCAUUUUGUAGUGUAUUAUUCUUCUUUGUAAUUCUUAUUGAUGGUGAUCUAGCAUGCGUAGGUUCCCGUAUUGUAUUUUAUAAACAAUAAUAAAUAUAGAAAAAAGAAAGAAA